AUGGAGAGACGUACUUCCAUUACAGUCAGAACUACCGCUGUCCGUGUCCGGAAGGCUGAGCGGAUACCUGAUCACGCUCUUCCAGACGGAUGGGCAGGAGGCGUGUGUAGGCAGGUUGCCUACUUUAGAAAGCAGGACGGGCAGCUUGACGAUGUGGAUAGAGUUCGCAAUCAGGUCAUGUACAUGGACGAGCACGAGCUCAGCUCAGACGCCAAGGUCGCCACAACACACGCUGGGCGGUCUACUAUCUGCGCCACAGACUACGACUGUGCCUCAUCAACAACGACAACGGGCGCGGCCACUGCCACUUUUCUCUCGAUCCGAGCACCGCCAAUGUUGACGUGGACUACCUCCGAGACUACACUCAACCUAUCCUGUCACGGGAUCAAGAGGAUUUUACACGUAUCGUCAAGGUUGAACUUUGUCUGGACCUGGUCCAAACUUCAACGAUAUCGGCUCGCGUCAAUGCAAUGA